AUGAAGCUAACCGCCAAAACACUUUUGAAGCACCGCGCGCAACAAGAAGCCGAAAACGAGAGCCCUAAACGCCUCCGACCCACUGCACCUCAUCUCACGGAAUAUACCUGUCAAAAUUCAACUUCUAUUACCCAUACAACUAUUCUUGCCGACAACGGACAUAUACCUUCUCUGCAGUCCAAGGAGAAGGUUGAGGCCAAAUUACCUCCCAGUGUCUCGGAACCUCCGGCUAAGCCUUCGGAGCUUACCGAGGAGCUUCAAGCAUUCCAGGAUAACAAAGACGAACUUUUAGACUAUCUUUUUGAGCGAGAACACCAUCCUCUCAUUGGAACACCCUGCCAAUGUGGUCAGGGAACACGUUUAGUCUGCUGCACGGAAUGUCUGGGACACAAUGCCACUUGUCGUCUCUGCUUUAUCGCCGCUCAUCUCUCAAUGCCAUGCCACUGGGCUUUGGUUUGGCAAGAAGGGGAACACGGUGGAUUCUUUGUGAAGCGAGACAUAUCGCAACUUAUUCCAGGUGGCAAUUUUGCCAUCCCUCUUGGUCAUGGAGGUCUUCGGUGUCCGGGCCCAGAAACCGAAGAAGAAAACGUGUUCUUCCAGAUAAUUGACCACAAUGGUGUUCACGAUACUCGCGUGCACUUCUGUACAUGCCUUGGCCGGCCAAAUCGUGUACGGCAACUCAUCCAGUUCGGUUUUUUCCCUGCGACACUCAAACAGCCAAAAAUGGCAUUCACACUCACAGUCCUCAAGCAAUUCCACCUGCACCAUCUUGAAUCAAAGGAAUCAGCUUACGAUUUUAUUGGGGCUCUUCGGCGGCUGACCGAUAACAUGUUUGCAGCCAGUACCACCAAUCCUUAUCCCCAAUUUCUACGGGUAAUGCGCUUUUGGCGUGUUUUGAUUGCUACAAAACGUCUGGGUCAAGCCCACGGUAUUGACCAGUUGCUUCCUCAUCGGCCACCAGGCAAUCUGCUUGUGUUUUGUCCGGCUUGCCCCGAGGCCGGGCUUAAUAUGGAGAAGAAUUGGGACCAGACACCUAAGGAAUUCAGUCAUUUAAACCAGAUGCAACUUACCCUCGACGGAAAUUUUCACGCCAACAGAUACAACAAAAAUAGUUCUGAUGACGAUUAUUCAUUAUAUGAAGGACGUGCCUACUAUCCCACUGAUUCCGAUUUUAAAUCUUAUCUGCGUUCUUUACCUGCUCAAGACAUUGCCGACAAGAUUGAUUGCCCUAUCAAAGCUGUGAAGAAUCGCAAUCUUGUUAUGGAGAAUCUUUCGGAGACGGGUAUAAUCAAUGUUCAGUGCCCACAUGUCAUAGUUGUGUCAACUGUGGAUCUUCAACGUGGUGAAAGAUUUGCUAACACAGAUUAUGCUGUGGCCCUGGCGCUCCGCCGGAUUAGAGACACAGGAAAGAACAACAGUGACCAGUAUCUUACCUGGCUGGCAGCGUGGAUAUCGUAUGACAUGGUGUGCUCUUACUGGGUGAACAUUGUGUCACGUUUCAAAGUCUACUUCCCUGAUCUGGUCGAAAUUGUCAAACGUCUUUCGUUUUUAAUUCCCCUUGUUCAUGUUCAUAAUCACAAAGAGAAUUGUGAAUACCUUUAUUCAUCUGCGUAUCAAUCAGGCGCGGGACAUUUCCAUGGCGAAACAGCAGAACACGAAUGGGUUGAACUUAAUCAAUUGGCACCCCAAGUCCGUCAAAUGAACAAUGGCCAUCGUCAAGACACCCUGAUUGACCACCACGGGGAUUGGAAUUUCAAGAAAAUGGCGAAUAUGGCCUCGUCGCUAGAGACAGACAUUGUCCAUUCCCGGAAGAUUUUUCACAAAAAACGCGAUGACUUUAUUGCAAAGACAGCGCUGUAUUCGGAUCGUGCCCCGUUAUGGAAUUGCCUUGAUCGUGAACUGAGAACGGUUAGCGCAGACAAAGAGAUUCAGUGCGUAUUCCGACACAAGACAGGAAAAGUUCCUUCUCAGGCCAAAAUAUACGAAGGAUUGGUUGACAGAUUGAAGAAAUUGGCCGACAAAUCAGACAACACAUUUUUGAAUAUGGAAAGUUCUGUACGUCUAAUCAAUGAGGGCAUUAUCAUUGAACGAAAACAACAGGAGUUGGCGUCAAAAUUAGCAUCUGAGGAAUAUCCCAUGGCUCCGAAGGAAAUGCUCAGUCGUCGUACCAAGCUAGCCAAACUUAUCAAAGGAUGGAAGACUCUGCAGCAGGAUGUCAUGGGCACUGCUCUGUGUAGUGUGGAAACUUCGUCAAUUGAUAAACCAGAAUGCACAAAACUCUAUCUUCCAUCUUCAUUCUCGGCUACUGAUCGUGCAAAAUAUGAUCUGGAAGGUCUUGCGGCAGACGAGCUUCUCUUACGGAAAGGAAAUAUCUUUGAUACCAUUCGCAACAUUCAAGAUACAUCGAAAACACUAUCCUCGAUGCGUACUGAGAGGCAACAAAACGACCGUGGACAGACUGCUCGGACACGGUCAAAGUCGAAAUUAGAAGAUGUAGAACGCCUUCUAAGCCUGCAAAUCCACAUAUAUAAUCUCUGUCGGCAAGCUCUUGUGUCCCUAGGCGGUGAUGAAUACUCCAGCAUGUUCCCAGAAAUGACUGUAGCCGACACGUACUGGGUACCUACCCAUCUUCGACGUGAAAUUGGUACGUCAAGAAAGUCAGAUGGUCGGAUAUUCAACCCGGGUAUUACUGGCGGGGCGCAAGGGAGAGCUCCGGGUGUGUCUAAUUAUCUUGAGUCCACCAUGGAUGUGAUACAAACACAAGGGUCCAAACCCAAACCUAGGAACGACAAAAAGUUGGGCAAAGACAAGAAAGGCACUAAUCGUGGUUCUGGCAUAUCUCCCCCCAAAAACGAUGAAAAGGUCAAGAAAGAUGGAUGGAUUUGGUCGCUUGCGGAGCUAGUGAACUUGACGCCUGAAGAUAUCGAGGCCUGGUCCGAUGAAAGUGAUCGGGUCAAAUGGUUUCGUGCAGAAGCUGAAAUGCGACGUUGGCAAGAAGAGAACGAAAUCAACCAAGCACAAUUUUUACGAUGCAUCCGUUCAUUCCACGUAAUGUCCAAGCACUGGACACAACUGGCGAAGAUGAAUGCUACUGACCCCGGCCGUGUGGCAUAUGCAAAAAAAAUGUCGGCUCGGUUUUCUCGGUUGGAAAGUGAUGCGAAAGAGCGCCUUGUGCGAGCAGGAUAUCGAGAACUGGUGGAUAACUACACUGGCGAGAAUGCUCCGCUUCUCAGUGAGCAUAUGGCCGCUAACCGAACCGCAAUGUACGCACCAAUUUCCGACCUUCUGGUUUCAUUUUCCACAACCCCAUCUUCGUUGAAUCCAUCGCAGGUUUAA